UGCAACAAGCAGUCAACAAUCAAGCACCCACCCGAUACCCUCCCUCUCUCGACUGAACUCCGGAAACCGGAGCAGAAUCCGGCCGGCCGGUGCCGGUUUCCGGCACCUCACUCCCCUCACACACCUCUCCUUCACCCUUUGUUCUCCUUCUUUCAAGACCCACACACACACCGAACACCCCCCUAUGUUUUCCGAUUUAGCGGAUGCCACCACCAGAUGGUGGUGGCGUGUGGCGGCGAGAUCAGAGAAACGGAGAGAGAAGACAGGAGAGAGAGAUCGAAGAGGAGAGAGAGAAAAUCGGUGAAGGUGGACGGCGAAACCAGAACCGCCGCUGAUCGGCGGCGGUGGCGGCGACACGGUGUUGGCAGCGACCUAACGGUCGGUUCAAUUACCCGGUGGUCGGCUUCAAUGUCUGGCGGACCUUGCCAUUAUCCAGUGGGUUUCUAUUCGGGAGUCCCGGUCCGUGUCUCAGCCCGGUGGUCUUCGGUUUUGUUCGACAGAUUUCCGGAAGCAGGCGAGUCAGCCGGGGCAGUCAAGUCAACUCGGUUAAACCGAGUUAACUCGGCUCAGGUCCGGGUCAACUCAGUUCGGGUGUGGUCAAACCAGUCAGACAGUCAACGGAUGGGUUCGGUUCAGGUUUUGGUUCGGUCAACGGGUCAGCAGCUCAGUCAAACGGCUCGGUUCGGUUUGACUCGGUCAAAUCGAGUCAACUCAGUGGUCGGGUCAGCGGUUCAGGUUAGCAGUUUGGUUCAAGCCAGCCAGUCGGGUCAGAUUAUGAAGCAUUUCGGGUCGACUCGGUCGAACCGAGUCAACUCGGUCAAGACCGGUCAACUCAGCCCUCCGACACGAAGUUUUGAAUGCACGCUAGUGAGUCUCGUCUUGGAAACGACAUCGCAAAGUCGUAUAUAGCUAGCUUUGCACAGGAAUAUUCAGGUGAGUUCAUAACCCCAUCUUUUUACAGUUUUACAUUUUUCUAAAUGUUUUCGGGGUGGAAAGACAUGCACUUUUUCAAAGCAUACAUGAAUUUCAUAUUUCUAAACCAUUUUACAAGCAAGUUUUAACUGACACAAAUGGUUUACGAAAAGCUUAUGUUUUAUACCGGUUUUUCAAACAAGCGUAUUUUUCGAAAUAUGCAUACACAUGAAUUCUAGUUUUCUAAACUACGAGAAAAUACAAGUACAAAGAGAUACAAGAAUUGAGAAUACAAAAUAGAAGAAGCACACUUGGUGAGAACGAGUACCAAGUGUGAGGUUAUAUAAGAAUACAAGAAGCGCACUUGGUGAGAACGAGAACCAAGUAGGAUGCGUUAUGAGAAAUGAUACGAGAAAUCGUGUCACGAAUAGGGUACAUAAGCACCAUUAAUCAACAAUAUACCUAGACCGCAGAACAAAAGGUUAGAUUUAACGGGUGUCGGUAGCCUCACUCUUGGUGAGAACGAGUACCAAGCAGUGCUUUUGUGUCUCAGAAUAUGCCAACUAGAAAAUGCCUAAGGUUUGGUGGCUUCCUAUGUCGUGUCACAUGUUAAUGGCCUUGCAACCCAUUAACAAUAUGAUACAUACAAGAAUACAUGAAUUAUACAUGAAAACAUGAUACAUACAAGAAUACGUGAUUUACACAUGAAAACAUGAUACCUACAAAAAUACGUGAUUUAUACAAGAAUACAUGAUCGGUACAAGAAAAUGAUUUUAAAUUCGUUUUCUCAACAAUACUUCAAAAACAGGUUACUUCAAAAAGAUUUAUUUCAAAUCUUUUACAAACAAACUAUGAACUCGCUCAACUUUAUGUUGAUUUUUCGCAUGUUUCUUUCUCAGGUUGCAUUUCAAAGUUAAGGCACGGUUGGAAUAGGAGGACCAUGUGGAGUCGAGUACUUAGUGGGCGUUCAUUUUCUAGAAGUCUUAGCUUUAUUUGCUUCCGCUGUGCAAUGAAGAUACCAGUCCAGUCACGCCAAUGCUAUGAUAUUUCGGGGUGUGACACUAAGUGUUUUAGAUCUAUACUCUUUUCUUUUGAUUUCAAAAGUUUUGAAAUAAACACACUUAUGAGUUUUUGUAAUAUUUCUUCUUUCCCUAUUUACCCUUUCCAUUGAAAAGUAUUGAAACUUUUACUGGAAGGUUUUCAGGGAAAGAAUACUUAAUCCAAAAUCAUUUUCAGCAAUGUUUUAAGAGAUUUGGACA